ACAUAGUCUUGAACGUUCCUCUUCAAUUUAACCCAAAUAAUACUACACUAUUAUUGUAUAUAUAUAUGUGAAGGUGAUUGGAUUUACAGGCUAAGUUGGGUUUGAAUUGGAGAGUUCAACAUGGGUUUUCUGGGUUUUUCAUGUUGCUCUGCAAUUGCUAUACUGGGUUUGUUGCUGAAUGCUGUAGUUUUCUGCAAAGGAGGAACCACAAGUGCUUUUGUGAGACCAGUUGAGAAAUCUGUUGAUAUGCCUCUUGACAGUGAUGUCUUCCUUCCGCCCCGAGGAUAUAAUGCGCCUCAGCAGCUUCAUAUCACACAAGGAGAUCAUGUGGGCAAAGCUGUGAUAGUGUCAUGGAUCACCAUGGAGGAAGCUGGUUCAAGGACAGUCCUUUAUUGGAGUGAGAAUAGCAAAACAAAAAUGCUUUAGAGCUCUAAUAUAGGAGCUCUGAUAGCUCUAAUGGGAAGGUGGAUCCCAUCCUGAUGUGAUGUUUAUGCCUUGUUUUGUUUUUUUUUUUUUUUUUGACACAUCAUUAGAGCUCAAAUUAGAGCUCUAUAUUUAGAGCUCUCUAUCAUUUCCCAUAGCAAAAAGAAGAACAAGGCCAAGGGCAUUGUAGGUAGAUUUAAAUUCUACAACUAUACUUCUGGUCACAUCCAUCACUGCACCAUCAAGAACUUGCAAGUGAGUUUCAACCAUUUUGAUCCUCUUGUUUCAUCUGUUGAAACAAUCUUUUGUGUAAUAAAAUAUAUUGAAAUAAAUUCAAAUAAAAUAAAUAAAUAACA